CGCGCCUUUGCUUCACUUUGCAUUUCAGGAUUUCCCAACAAAGCUUGCUUCUGUGAUCUACCUCCUCGCCGCCUGCCCAAACCCUAAUCUCCACAACCUCCUGCUAGCCCAUUUCCAGGCUACCUCACCUCACUUUUCAGUUUACAUCCAGCUGACGCUCUGUUAUUUAUCAGUAUGAAAACUCUUGUGUUGCAGAUGAAAUACCCUUUGAAGCAAUCUUAGGUUGACUCAUAGAUUCUCUCAGACAGAAAGCAUCAAUCGGGUGUUCGUUAACUUUUUCAGAAGAAAAUGCAGUUGGAAGGAUUAUCUCUGGUAUGUGCUGGAAUUGAAUGCGCCCUUGUGGAUGAGAAAAAUGUGCCUCAAGGCUAUGACCGAAGAACUUACUGCUUAGAAAACUUGAAGGAUUUGCAAAGAUUUUUGCGAAGGGAUGAUCCACAAACACGAGAUGUUUUUAAGCUGGUUAGCAAAUGGAAUAUCGCUUCAAAUCACUUGAUACCCAUAAUUGAGCACUACCAGGGUGAUUGUGAAUUAGUGAUAAAUGCAGUAAAAGUCAUGGUCUUCCUAACGAUGCCUAUAGAUCCCACCUCUGAUGACAUUAGUGGACAAAUGGAGUAUCUAUGGAAUAUAAAGGUGGCUGUCACACGUAACGAUGCAAUAGCAGUCAUUGUAUCCCUCUUGGAAGAUCCUUUAGAACAUUUGGAAUGUGAGGCAUUUUCAGAGGAUGAUUGGAAAUUGGUUCAGCUGGUGCUUACUUUGUUUCGGAAUCUUCUAUCUAUCCAUGAGAUUUCUCCGCAACAGCAGGCGUCUGGAUGCACAAAUCAGUUUUUGUGUUUGAGAGAUGGAUUUCUGGAGAUCUUAUUUAGCGAGAAUGUUAUGGACCUGAUCCUUGUUCUAACCCAACAUAUUACUGAUUUUCAUGGCUAUAUUCAUCAAGAUAAGUUGCUUUUAUUGGAGAUUUAUCACUACAUCUUCUUGCACCAAAAGCCGCAGCUGGUUGCGAAAGUUUCUCAGAAGAACCAGAGUAAAGGUGAAACAUCUCCAAGUUCUUUUAGAUCAAUAAAGGAGGAAGAAGAAAAGAGGAGGGUCACUAGAUCAAAAAAUUUGAUUCGACAUUCUCUUUUCAGUGGAACUUUUGUUCGGCUAGCUGUUGAUGGUUCUAAGAUGUUAAUAAAAGGGAAUCCGGUCACAGUUCCUGUUGAGACUCUGCUCGAAGCUCAUAAGGUUCCACGGGGUCCAUUGAAGCGAAUAAUAUGUGACAAUGGAAGUUCAUCUGCAUCAAACGAGAAUGUUCUUUGGUUGCUUCAUAAUUUUGCAAACCAGUUCUUAUCUCGAGGUUAUAAUGUUUUGAUGGAGUCCAUUCGUGAAGACAUCGAAAAAGAGCAUCAUGCAAUUCAGAAUAGUGAUGUUGUUAUUUUCUUCCAAGUGGUUCAGUUCUUAAUGGCGUUUCAACGUCACAAGUAUGCAAAUUCAAAGGUAAUGAUGAAGGCAACUCCGUCUAAAAAUUUGCCAAUCAGUCAUGCUGCAGAUGCAAGGGAAUUCUAUGGGGACAUUUGUGGACCAAUUGCAGCAACAAUGAAUGAAGCCAUGUUUGCGUUAGUCAUGUCAAAAUGGCAUUAUUCUUUUGAUGGUGUGAAAGAAACAAACAACUGGAAGUUUUUAGCAGUCACUGGAUCUCUUAUGAAAGAAAUGAGUGGUCAUCAUGAUUGUCAGUGUGUGAGGGCUGCCAUUAUUAUCCAUGGGCGUUAUCAUUUAAUGGAGCAACCUGGCAUAUUGCUUUAUUUAGCUCCAAUCCGUGUCCUUGAUCUUAUUCUCAAAUUAUUUCCGGAAGAUUAUGCAAAAGAGUCCCAAACAGCUCGUAUCCUACUUUACAAAAUCUUUUAUGAUCAGACGGAUCAAGGGAUUACUCACUUCCUUCUGAAUCUGAUUAGGGGUUUUGACACUCAUAAGCAACCCAAAAGUGAUCUUGCAGAUUUGGUGGAAAUGGUCCAUUAUGUUUUAUGUCUUAUGGAAAAUCUUCAAGCACGUGGGUGUCUAAGGGUCUCCAAAAAGGCAAGGAAACAGACAAUGAAGAGAAAGUUGGCCAAUAAGGAAUCCAGGAAAAAUGAGGGGCUGAUGAAAGAGCAUGCAGAAUUACCCAGUGCAAGUGGGGACAUGAACCCUGAGAUUAGAGAAUCCAUUUUAGAUCCUCUAAUCAAUGUUGCUGACCCCAAUGAUGAAUCUUUAUCCAGCAUAAUUUCUGAUGGAAUCAAAGUAAAUGGCUCCAUGCCAUCACCGACAGGUGAUCAUGGAGUGGUCCUGCCUACAACAGAGCAACCAGCUAAUGACUUGGCUAAAGAUGGUGCACAGAUUUGUAGUGAUGUUCCGAAUCAUCAAACUUGUGGAAUUGAUGGCUACUCUGAGGAUGAUACCCUGGAUGACAUGGUUGAAGUUGACCUGGAAGUACCUAAGCUAGUUGCAACUUUUGCAGACAACACUGUGGUUCAAAAUCUUUGCUGGUUGCUGAAGUUCUACAGAAGCAACUCUCUUAGUACAAAUCACUAUAUAAUCUGUCUUCUGCGUCGCAUUUCUGAUGAUUUGGAGCUCUUCCCAAUGUUUUUUCAGCUUUCUCUUCUUUGCAUAUUCUAUGACAUCCUAGUUGAACAACAAACAUCUGGUUCUAAGGAUCACAAAAAUAUAGUUUCAUUUCUCACCAAGUUGGUGACAAAAUUAUUUAUGAAAUUGAAGAGUCGGCCCCUUCUAUUUGUAGAAAUACUAUUUUGGAAAACACGUAAGGAAUGCAAUGACAUCAAUGCAGAAUUUUUAUCGCAUGAGAUUGAAAAUUUGAUGAAAGAAGUUAAUAAAUGGAGAAAUGUUUCUAUUGAUGGUGAGAAUACAAAUGAAGAAGCUGGACCUGUGAUAGGUGGAGAACGGUCAUAUAGAAAACGUGUUGCAGAUUGCCUUGGCGAAGAUGAAAUGGACUUUGAGAUUUCAAAAGGGAUCAAACAUCCCUAUGAAGGUGGUUUACAGGAAGAGUUUAAGAGAAGUAACGACCAAGAUGGCCCUUCAUGGAAAAAUCUGGAGUUCACUUCGGUUGAUCAGAUUGCUGAUGAUUUAAUUUAUAAUGAAGGCAAGAAAAGCAGUGAGCACGGGGGAGUUCCAAAAAGAAGGAAGCGCUUGGUUUUCGAUAAUGAUAAGGAAGAUAUUAUCAGGGAUGUUUAUGAGAACCAUCCUAGAAAGCGGAUACAUGCCUUCAGCAAAGAGCAGGAGCUGAUGAUUACGUACCUCUUUGAGCAGUUUAAGGAGCAUAAGAAGUGCAGCCAUCUAAUUGCAACUGCACUUAACGACAAGGGCAUGUAUUCUGCAAGCCAAAUAUCCCGUAAGCUCAGGCAACUUGGUCUUUGUGUUCCUCAAAGAAAAGGGCCAUCUAGAGGUGCACAACCUUCUGUUCAUGAGCCUGUCAAAGACGUGGAUGCGGUAGACAGAGAACUGGAAUCUGAAGAGGAAACAUUAGCUGCUAUUAGGAAUAGAUCAAGGAGGAAAAAUAACAAUAACAGAAAGCAUGUCCAAGUGGAGGGUGCCAAAACUGCUGGAGUUGAAGGAAGGAACAAAAUAGGUUUUACAGAGGACUUUGAGUCUGAUGAUGAAACAUUGAAGACAAUUCUAGAGAAGAAAAGCAACAAUAACAGAAAGCAUGUCCAAGUGGAGGGUGCCAUAACUGCUGAAGUUCAAGGAAGGAGCAAAAUAGGUUUUACAGGGGACUCUGAUUCUAAUGAUGAAACGUUGAAGACGAUUUUGGAGAGGAAAAACAACAAUAACAGAAAGCAUGUCCAAGUGGAGGGUGCCAUAACUGCUGAAGUUCAAGGAAGGAGCAAAAUAGGUUUUACAAAGGACUCUGAGUCUGAAGAUGAAACAUUGAAGACAAUUCUGGAGAAAAAGAUCCGAAGGUCGUCUAAAAAAGUAAAGAAUGACCAUCUUAGUUUGGUUCAAGUUCCGGUGACAGUAACUCAUAGUAACAUAAGUGGUGCUUCUCAGCAUGCAGUGGACUGGGAUAUACAUGCUAAAGAAGACGACGAAUUAAAACUUGCAUCCUUCGGACGUCAGGACAUCCAAAGAAUCAAAUCACAAUAUCAGUUAACAGGCAAUGAGGUGAUGAUGGAUGGAAUGGCUGCCAUGGAGAAAGCCAAGGAUAUGGCUGUUGGUGAAAUGGAGAGCUCAUUGUUGGCCUCGUCCCAAUUGUUACCAGAUGAUAAUAUGGUUGAUGACUUGGGCAUUGAAGAUGAUAAUGUGGAGACUGUUGUGUCUGAUGUUAGGCCAAAAAGGAAAAUGAUAAUCUAUGAUGAUGAUGAUGCCGAGUAAUGCGUGCAUGUAUUUCCGAGUGUGGUUUUUGUGUCAACAUGCCAAUUGGUCUUUUGCUCAAAUGGAAAUUGCAUGGAAUGAUUGUUGAUA